AUGGAGACCGGGAGCGCGCACACUCAGCGGGCCGCACGCAGCAUGCUGGGAUGCUUCUCGCCCGCACUCACGCCAUGUCAGUUUCGCCCAAGGACGGCCCCACAUGCGGCCACGUCGGUGAGCCCAAUCGCCCUGCAUUUCAAAGGGCGCUCGUACGAAGCACUCGGCGGGUGCAAUGAGAACGUACUUCCCCGCUUGAUACGGGUUUCUGGCCGAAGGCAGGCAAGUCUUCCAGCAGUGCGCAUCAGUAAUCCAAAUGGGGGAUGUGUCAUCUCCAUUGGUGGAAUAUUCGGUCGGUACACUGACGAGCAGACGCCUUCUGAUCUGGUGGCGUGCGGCGUCAUGACUUUUGACAAAACCGUGGAGCACGCAAGGGUCAGUCGCACCAGGCAGUUGAAUAUACGCGGCGUGCCCAUCUGGCUGUUGGGAUCCCUGCGCGAUAGGCAUGCUCACAACAGAAUGGAAGGCCAAGACGAGACUGCGCGGGCGCCUGCGCUGCCCGGCGAUAAACGCGAUGAUGCACGGAAGGCGAUUUACCACACCCUCGACGUGUAUUUACGCGCCCUACGGCGCAGAGAGAAGGCGAGAGACGCGUCGGUUCGCGCGGGGCAGGGUGCAGGACGCGUCUGUGGCUGGGGGUCCCAUGGCCUCUCGCUGCACAUGGCGAUCAGGCAUGACGUUGCGCGCAUCAGCCGGUCGCCUUCCGGGAGCGAGACAAGGUCAGCGACGGUGCCGCGGGUGGCACUGCGUGCGAGAGCUAAAUACAUCCAGCGCGAUAGAGGGGCUGGUUCGUUCCUGGUGCACCGCACCGUGGCUGGGCGUGACGCACCGGGCCGCGCGAGCAGUGGUUCGAUGGCAGUAAGGCUUUUAAUUUACACGCGGGGAUGGGGGAGUCGUUAUGGUACGGGACGAAGGAACAAGGGCGAGGGCAAGCAGGAAGAGGAGGGCGAGGAUGUUGCGGAGAAGCACUCGGCGUGA